GUAUUCAUCUAGUCAUUUAUGUAUUAUCCAUAUACUCAAGGUUAUAUUUAUUUUAUGGGCAUGAUAAUUAUUGUGAACAGAUGUGGAUCCUGAUUUUUCUAAUGAGAAUAAUUUAGGUUAUGUAUAUUAUUAUGCUAUUUACAGUCUAUUAAGUACCAAGUUUAGAAAAUAAUGGACACUUCAUCAAAAGAUAAUAGUAAUAAUUUGGAACAUGCUAUAGCAGGAGGUGUUAGUGGUUUUGUAACACGAUUUGCUUGUCAACCUUUCGAUGUUGUGAAAAUUAGAUUUCAGUUACAAGUUGAACCUAUUGCUAACCAUCAUGUUAGUAAAUAUCACUCUUUACUACAAGCAUUUUACUUAAUAUUUAAGGAAGAAGGUAUUUCAGCUUUUUGGAAAGGACAUGUACCUGCUCAAUUACUAUCAGUUAUAUAUGGGACUAGCCAGUUUUAUUCAUAUAAUGUGCUUAUGCAUGAGUUUCAUAAUUUUUCAUUACUAAAUGAAUGGAAAUAUUCAACAAAGUUUGUAGCUGGUGCAGGUGCUGGUUUUAUAGCUACAACUGUAUCAUUUCCUUUCGAUACAUUAAGAACCAGAUUAGUAGCACAAUCAAAUAAUCAUGUAAUCUAUAAAGGAAUUUUUCAUUCUUGCAGUUGUAUAAUACGACAUGAAUCUCCAAAGGCUUUUUUUUAUGGAUUAUUACCGACUGUAUUGCAAAUUGUGCCACAUACAGGUUUGCAAUUUGCAUUUUAUGCAUUGUUCAGUGAUAUGUAUAAGAAAUAUUACAAUGAAACUGAUACUAGUUUUUUCAAUUCUCUAAUAUCUGGUAGUACAGCUGGUCUAUUAGCUAAAACUGCAGUAUAUCCGUUUGAUCUUAGUAGGAAAAGGUUACAAAUACAAGGAUUCAAAAAUGGUAGAAAAGGUUUUGGUACUUUUUUUGAAUGUAAAGGACUUAUAGAUUGCUUAAAAUUAACUAUAAGAAAGGAAGGAGUAAAAGGACUAUUUAAAGGUUUAGUACCAUCUCAAUUGAAAGCUAGUAUGACAACGGCAUUGCAUUUUACGAUAUAUGAGCAAAGCUUAAUAUUGUUAAAAGCCUUGAGGUAUAUUUCAGAAAAGUGAAGUUAUUAUAAUGCUAGUUUUAAUAUUAAAAGGUAUAUAAUAUUCUCUCCAUACUGUCAUAUGUACAAAAUAAUUUAUACAUAUAUGUUAAGUGUAUAAUAUGUAUGUAUAAACAUAUAAUCAUACUUAUAUAAAGAAUCAAGUUAUAAUGGUAAAUAACAAUCUAAGCUUAAAGCUGAUUUA